UUGUACAGAUCUGGCACUAAGAAAGGUGCAUGUUCUCCGCUCUUUAAUGUACAUCUCUAUGUCUGCAUCUUGACAACAAAUCUUAACAAGAACUCGUUCUAUUCCAAUCAACGGCGUAAAUGAAACCAUGUUUUGUUCAUCACUACGGAAAAGACAAGAAUGGGCUACAUUGCCCUCCACUUUACUCAUGGAAAGAAUGCCGAAGUGGAAAGGUCGCGGUUCUUAAAAUGAACCUCAACUUGAAUACUGACAACUACAUAGAGACAACUCUGAAUACCCAUGAUCUAUCACUUCCAAUAUGGCCAAGCAAAGAAGAUGAGCGAGAGUUCUUUCGUGUGCUCUUGUUAUCUUCAUCUGAUAUGCAACCAUCUACCAACAUAUCCGCCCGGAUUGAAAGACUAUAUCACCAAACUGGAGGCCGCGACGUAGGAAUUAUUUUUCUUCUUCACGAAAAGCAAAGUAGCGAUAAUGGCAUGAAACAAUAUAUAAACCUCCAAAUCAGGUGCAUGAGACAUGUCAAUCGGACAUUGAAAGAUAAUUCUUACUAACAUAGCUUUAUUUAGCCUGAUGUCCACUUUCAAGAUUCCAAUUUUGCCUUUGACAUCAAUUUCACAAUUUCUGGAAGUCGUCCAAACUUUUCAGAGACAACUUUGUAUUGUUCCACCCUUCAAAAGAGUUGAUGCUCAAUAUGCGCUUCUACCAUUCAGCAACGUUGGUAACGCCAUGACGGAGCAUACCAGGAAUAUACUCAGUGACAUUUGUCGCAGCAUUCCAGAAUUAGCUUGUACGGCCGCUACAGCUGCUGGACAAGAGCAAUUGAGGGAAUGGUUGUCGGAACCUGGAGCGGAAUCCGCUGAGGAUGUUAUAGACUUUGUAAGGUUCUCAUCAGGAUAAUUUCCUAUUGAAUGAAUCAAUUCUGACUCAUAUGGAUAGUGGAAGCGUGAAUAUCUCCGCGACUGAUAGGUAUAUCCUAAGAAGCGAGAUUUCCCUUGAAGGUCAUUUCUUACUUCGUAUACUCUGCGUGUCUAUGAGUGACGGUUAGUCUAGGAAUGGCUCGAGGUCUGCCGGUAAGGAUGAACGCUGGGUAAUUGAAGGGGCUUGAAAGGGGCUUGAAGAGAAGCAUCUAGAAAUAUCUGUUAUAUUUGUUCCAUCACGAUAGGACAUAGGAAUUCAAUUACCCGCGGGAUAAUUCUUGACAUGGCAAUAACCAUAUUCAUUGCUUUACUAUACCUA